AUGGCCAUUGCUGGCAAUAAAUUGACUUGGAAAAUAAAAACUGAUGAUAUUGAAAAAGAGUCAACAGAAUUGGUAGUUAAAACAAAAAAGAUCUAUGAUAAAAUUGGUGGCCUGAAACCUGAAGACAUCAAUUUUAAUAAUGUUGUCAAGCAAUUAGCUGAUAAUGAUUGUUGGUAUGCUGUAAAGAGAAAUAAUGUUGAUUUCCUUCAACAUGUAUGUCCUGAUAAAACAUUAAGAGAUGCCAGUAAUGCCGCUGAUAAAGUGUUAUCGGAAUUUGAUGUGGAGAUGAGUAUGAGACAAGAUGUAUUUGAUGCACUGUUAACAUACCAAAAGAAAUUCCCUGGUGAUCGGUCUGAUGAAACUAGAAGAUAUGUUGAGAGACAAAUCAAACUUGGCAAGAGAAAUGGUUUACAUUUAACAAAAGUUACCCAAGAGAAAAUCAAAGCUCAAAAGAAAAGGAUGAGUGAUCUGUCAAUUGAUUUUGGUAAAAAUCUGAAUGAAGAAAAGAGUGUUCUAGAAUUUACAUCAGACGAAUUAGGUAUUCUUAAAUUGAUAUUUGUGGGGAUGCUUGAUCAUUGGACAGAAGAUGGUAAAUUGAAAGUGACCUUAAAAUAUCCUCAUUAUUUUCCUUGUAUGAAAAAAGCCAGAAAUCCUGAAACAAGAAAGAAAUUAGAAACUGCCUUCAAUUCCAGAUGUAUGAAGGAGAAUGGUCCAAUAUUAGAAGAAUUAAUCAAACUUAGACAUGAAAAGGCAGCUUUACUUGGAUUUCCAACUCAUGCAGCUUUUGUAUUAGAUAUGAGAAUGGCUAAAUCACCAGAUACUGUAGCAACAUUCUUACAAGAGCUGGCUAAAAAACUUCAACCAUUAAAGGAAGCAGAGAUGAAAUUAUUCUUAGAAUACAAGAAAGAAGAGUGUGAGAAAUAUGGGUAUGAAUUUGAUAAUAAAAUCAACAUGUGGGAUUUUAGAUAUUAUAUGACAAUGGUGGAGGAAAAGAAAUAUGCAGUAGAUCAAAAUAAACUGAAAGAAUAUUUCCCCAUGGAAACAGUUACUAAGGGACUUCUAGAUAUAUACCAGCCUGGUUGUUUAUUACCUGAUGGAAGUAGACAAAUAGCUAUAGCAGCUAUGGUAGCUAAUUUCACAAAACCAACAGAUGAUCAGCCAUCUUUACUUACACAUGAUGAGGUUGAAACAUAUUUCCAUGAAUUUGGUCAUGUUAUGCAUCAAAUAUGUGCUGAAACAGAAUAUGCAUUAUUCAGUGGUACUGCUGUAGAGAGAGAUUUUGUUGAAGCACCAUCUCAGAUGUUAGAGAACUGGUGCUGGGAGAAAGAACCAUUAAAUCGUAUGUCUGGCCACUAUAAAGAUAGUAGUAAUAUACCAGAUGAAUUGUUAGAGAAACUAAUGGCUAGUAGAAUAGCUAAUGCUGGUUGUUUUAAUCUCAGGCAAAUAUUACUUGGUACUUUUGAUCAGACAGUUCAUACACAAUCUCAGGCUGAUCCAGCAGCAGUAUACAGUGAUCUAUGUAAAGAAAUAUUAGGUAUUGAUGCUACACCUAAUACCAACAUGCCUGCUACAUUUGGUCAUAUGGGUGGUGGUUAUGAUGCUCAAUAUUAUGGAUACAUGUGGAGUGAAGUAUUUUGUAUGGAUAUGUUCUAUUCACGGUUCCGUAAAGAAGGUAUCAUGAGUUCUGAAGUUGGUGCCGAUUACAGAAAUUACAUUCUGAAACCUGGUGGAUCUAUGGAUGCUACAGUAAUGUUGAGAAAUUUCUUAGGUAGAAAUCCUAAACAAGAUGCAUUCCUUGAAAGUAAAGGCUUAAAAUAA